GUAGACCCUUCCAGAAGUAGCCGGCGGACUCGUGCAGUCUGCUGUUUUCUCCACUCCAGGUUUUCGUCGUCAAAACUCAAUAUAUUAUCAGUUGAACACUUUCUGAGUGUCCCAUUCCCGCAGCCAACAUGUCCUCCAUGGGGACACUCGCUUUUGAUGACUAUGGGAGGCCUUUUCUCAUCAUUAAAGACCAGGACAAGAAGACACGGCUAUCUGGCAUUGACGCACUUAAGUCUCAUAUUAUGGCAGGCAAGGCAGUUGCGUCAACGCUGAAGACAUCAUUGGGACCUAAUGGACUUGACAAGAUGAUGGUUGACAAGGAUGGCGAGGUGACCGUCACAAAUGAUGGAGCCACUAUUCUCGGCCUGAUGGAUGUGGAACAUCAGAUUGCCAAACUCAUGGUGGAGCUUUCCAAGUCCCAGGAUGAUGAGAUUGGUGAUGGAACCACUGGAGUUGUUGUGCUGGCUGGGGCUCUACUUGAGCAGGCCGAGCAGCUGCUGGACCGGGGAAUCCACCCCAUCAGGAUCUCUGACGGUUACGACCAGGCCGCACGCGUUGCCAUAGAGCAGCUUGACAAAAUUGCUGAAACCUUACUGUGCGAUCCCAAAAACACAGAACCGCUCAUUGAGACCGCCAUGACAACACUGGGAUCCAAAAUUAUCAACCGGUGUCACAGACAGAUGGCCGAGAUUGCAGUGAAUGCCAUCCUUACAGUGGCUGACAUGGAGAGGAAGGAUGUCGACUUUGAGCUCAUCAAGAUGGAGGGUAAAGUCGGAGGCAAGCUGGAGGAUACACAGCUCAUUAAGGGAGUCAUAGUUGACAAGGAGUUCAGCCACCCUCAGAUGCCCAAGGUUCUGAAAGAUGUUAAAAUUGCUAUCCUUACCUGCCCAUUUGAGCCACCUAAGCCCAAGACCAAGCAUAAGUUGGAUGUGACCUCUGUGGAAGACUACAGAGCUCUCCAGAAAUAUGAAAAGGAGAAGUUUGAGGAGAUGAUCAAACAGGUCAAAAGCAAUGGUGCAAAUUUAGCCAUUUGCCAGUGGGGCUUUGACGACGAAGCCAACCACCUUCUGCUGCAGAACGAGCUGCCAGCCGUGCGCUGGGUUGGGGGGCCAGAGAUCGAGUUGAUCGCCAUCGCGACAGGAGGCCGCAUCGUGCCCCGCUUCUCCGAGUUGACACCGGAGAAGCUCGGCUCAGCUGGUUUGGUGAAGGAGAUCUCCUUCGGCACCACAAAGGAUCACAUGUUGGUGAUCCAGGAGUGCAAGAACACCAGGGCGGUAACCAUUUUCAUCCGUGGAGGCAACAAAAUGAUCAUUGAGGAGGCAAAGCGUGCCCUCCAUGAUGCUCUGUGUGUAAUCCGCAAUUUGGUCAGAGACAACCGUAUUGUGUAUGGAGGAGGAGCUUCAGAGAUCGCGUGUGCUCUGGCUGUCAACCAGGCUGCAGAUAAGUGCCCAUCACUGGAGCAGUACGCCAUGAGGGCGUUCGCUGAUGCUAUGGAGGUUAUCCCAAUGGCACUGGCUGAGAACAGUGGGUUUAACCCCAUCCAGACCAUGACCGAGGUCCGAGCUAGACAGGUCAAGGAGAACAACCCCUUCCUCGGCAUCGACUGUCUGCACCACAACACCAAUGAUAUGAAGCAGCAGCAUGUGGUGGAGACCCUGAUUGGAAAGAAGCAGCAGAUCUCCCUGGCUACUCAGGUCGUCAGGAUGAUCCUAAAGAUCGACGACAUCAGAGGCCCCGGGGAGAGCGAGGACUAAAGGCCCCCUGGAACACUUUAGGAUUUCCGGGCUGUUUUAGGCACUUCUCCAAGCACCGCGUUCCAACCGCACUGCAGAUUGCUAUUUAUCAUUUCAUACAAGCUAUUGUAGUUUCAAAAUCACCCAUUAAAUGUCGCUCAA